AUGGCACCCUUUCUAAAUGGAAACCUGGGCACUAGCAACGGCAUAGAUCAAAAUGGCAAAGCAGACGGAUCUAUGCCUAUUGCGAUCGUGGGUAUGUCAUUUCGAGGCCCUGGAUCGGCAAACAACAUAGAGAACCUCUUCAAAAUGAUCUGCGCGAAAAAGGAAUCACGAACAGCGAUUCCGAAAUCAAGAUGGAACAACAAAGCAUUCUAUCACCCUAACUUCCAACGUCAUGGGUCCCACAAUGUUGAAUAUGGGCAUUUCUUUCAAGAUGAUAUCUCCAAGUUUGACGCGCCGUUCUUCAACAUGACAAGGGAAGAGGCCGCCGCACUCGAUCCAGCACAACGACUGCUUCUAGAAAGCACGUACGAAGCACUGGAGAACGGUGGCAUACCUUUGGAGAAGAUUGUGGGAACGAAAACGUCCGUCUUCGUCGGCUCCUUCGCUACAGAUUACACGGACCUUUUGACUCGAGAUCCAGAAUCUGUUCCAAUGUACCAGUGCACUAAUAGUGGUCAAUCUCGUGCAAUGGUUUCCAAUAGGUUGUCGUACUUCUUUGACCUUCACGGCCCAAGUGUCACAGUUGAUACCGCAUGUUCUGGAAGUUUGGUAGCGUUGCAUUUGGCUUGCCAGAGUCUCCGGACAGGAGAGGCCAAUUCAGCAAUUGCUGCUGGUGUAAAUGUGGUCUUGAACCACGAAUUUAUGACCACCAUGAGCAUGAUGAAAUUUCUAUCGCCCGAUGGCCGCUGCUAUGCCUUCGAUGAGCGUGGAAACGGCUACGGACGCGGUGAAGGUGUAGGAACUGUCUUCCUUAAACCACUUGCUGACGCUUUGAAGGAUGGUGAUCCGAUCCGAGCUGUCAUUCGAGGAUCAGCUUCAAAUCAGGAUGGUAAAACAUCUGGUAUCACACUACCCAAUCCAGUAGCCCAAGAAGCUCUGAUCAGAGAUGUGUAUCAUAUGGCCGACCUGGAUCCACUUGACACUAGCAUAGUGGAAGCGCACGGUACUGGUACCGCUGCUGGAGACCCUCUAGAGUUGCGGGCCUUGACUAAUUCAUUCUGCGGCGCCAAUCGUCCUGAAGAUCGACCUCUUGUAAUAGGAUCUAUCAAGUCCAACCUUGGCCACCUAGAAGGAGCUAGUGGUAUUGCCGCGGUGGUCAAGGCUGUCUUAAUGCUGGAACAAGAAGUCAUUUUACCAAAUCAAAACUUCGAAAAACCAAACCCCAGGAUUCCCUUUGUGGAUUGGAAACUGCGUGUCGCUACAGAAGUGCAAUCGUGGGAUUCGCCAGGACCACUACGUGUAUCAAUCAAUAGUUUCGGAUACGGUGGUUCCAAUGCCCAUAUUAUUCUGGAGUCGACACGAACGUACCUGACUUCACGCGGUCUUUCCAACGCCUACAAACGAUCAACAAAUUUUCUGCGUUAUCAGUAUGAAGCAGCAGAUACUGCUUCCAGGCCAAUUGAUGCGUUCGCUCAUGAGAAUAGAGCUUCGCUCAUUGAUCAUCAAUUUCCAAAUUACAGUCAUCCGAAGCUUUUUACGCUGAGUGUCUUUGAUGAGCCUACGGCUCAACAACAAAUUCAAACUUUAGUCAAACAUCUUCACGAGCGCAGUAUAUCCAGGCACCCUGAAUUCCUUGACGACCUCGCCUUCACUUUGAAUGAAAGAAGAACAAACUUUAUUUGGAGAGCUGCGGUGGUUGCAGCAUCUCUCAAGGAAUUAAUCGACGCUCUUUCUAGACCUAUAAAGUUUUCGCGCUCUUUGAAAAAUCCGACAUUGGGGUUCGUCUUCACCGGACAGGGAGCUCAAUGGUGUGGGAUGGCCAAAGAGCUUUUGGAAGUCUAUCCAGUGUUCAAAGACACAAUUCGCAGAAUUGGAAAAUACCUACGUUCGAUUGGAGCACCUUUCGACGUUGAGGAGGAGAUUACGAUGGACCCAAAGGUAUCUAAGAUUAACAAAGCGUUGUACAGUCAACCAAUGUGUUCCGCAGUUCAGAUAGCUUUGGUGGAACUGCUCGCUUCUUGGAACAUCAGACCUGCGUCAGUGACCGGUCAUUCGAGUGGAGAGAUAGCUUCGGCCUAUGCAAUAGGCGCAUUGAGUCUAGAAGAUGCAAUGACUGCUGCAUAUCACCGCGGCGUUUGUUCUACCAGGAUGCAAGAAGAGCAUAAAGCUAACGGGGCCAUGAUGGCAGCCGGACUAUCCGAGGAAGAUGCAACACGAUUUCUUGCUGAACUCAAGUCUGGUAAGGCUGUAGUAGCAUGUUCAAACAGCCCAUCUAGUGUCACUAUCUCCGGAGAUGUAUCCGCAGUUGCUGAACUACAAAAGAUCUUAGAGUCCAAGGGCAUAUUCGCGCGGAUGCUUGCUGUCGAAGUUGCUUAUCAUUCGCAACACAUGGAGCUUGUCGCAGAAGAAUAUGCCAAAGCAAUUGCAGGCAUACGAACGCGUCAAGGUAACGGAGCGAGGUUUUACUCGUCAGUGUACGGCCGUGAGGUCGGUGCGGACGACCUUGGUCCAAGCUACUGGGUAAAGAACUUGCUCUGCCAAGUAAAGUUUACGGAUGCUAUUCGUCAGCUAUGCUUAGCCCCUGCUAUUCAAAGCAAAAGAAGACAAGCCAAAAGACACGGCGUAGACUUCUUGGUGGAGAUUGGGCCUCAUUCGGCUCUCGCCGGGCCUAUCAAAGAGACAAUCCAGAGUGAUCCAAAACUGAGAGUUGCAGAGAUUACGUACGCUUCAGCCCUAGUGCGAAAGGUGGAUGCUGCACGGACUGUUCUCGAUUUAGCUGGGAAACUUUCGGCGAUCGGAUAUCAGAUCAACUUUGCAGCGAUGAAUCGGCCCACAGCAGGCCACAGUGCCAUUGUCCUGGUUGAUCUACCGUUCUAUACUUGGAAUCACUCCACCUCAUACUGGGCUGAACCGCGGCGCAGCAGAGCAUUCCGGAACAGAAUUUUCCCAAGGGUGGAUAUACUGGGAGUGCGCGAUGAGAACUCAGAUCCAUUACAGUUGAGCUGGCGCAACCAUCUUCGCACUUCAGAGAUACCAUGGCUCUUACAACACAAGAUUCAGUCCAGCGUAGUCUUUCCGGCAGCAGGCUUCAUUGCUAUGGCUAUAGAAGCGGCUGCUCAGCGGUCAAAGGAAAAGUUCACCAAGCAAGUUUCCGGCUAUCAGCUUCGUGAAGUCACCAUCGGGACCGCGCUUCUUUUGCCUGAGCAAGAAUCCGUAGAGACGAUACUGACCUUGAAGCCAAUUCGAGAUAGUUCCAAACGCUACUCCAAUAUCUGGAGCGAGUUUCACAUAUAUUCAGUAACAAAUGAUAACCGCUGGACGGAACAUUGUCAUGGCCUCAUUUCUGUGCAGCACCGCCGACAGAAAGAGAGUGUUGGAGAAACCCAUCUUUUACCUAAAUCAGCAACAGAGGAGGAAUUCAGAACCAUCCUUCCAAUGCCCAAGUUCUAUGAGCAUCUCUCCAGUAUUGGCCUUGACUAUGGCGAGGUCUUCCAAAAUCUGGUCGAGGCUCGCUCUUCUCCGGAUAAACUUUCUGGAGUUUUACGGCUGCCUGCAACAGUAACUACCAUGCCCUCAGAUCAGGAACACACUUAUGUGAUACACCCGGCUACUCUAGACGCUAUACUGCAUACGAUAUUUGGUGCACUUUCUGCUGAAAGAUGGCUCCAGGACCCUGCCAUUCCAGUUUUCGUGUCCAAUCUGUUCAUCUCUGCGGAUACGCCUUUCCAGGCCGGUCAUCUUUUGAAGGCUAAUGCUGUCAUCUCAACACGAGACAAUCAAACGAUGAAAACAGAUAUCACAGUAACAGAUGAUAACAACAAUGCGCCAGUGGUGCAGUUUUCCGAGCUAGAUUGGAGGUUUCUCCAAACACCGAUCGAACAAGAGGACAUUGUUGACAACCGUCACAUCGCCUACACGCUCGAUUUGGAAGCGGAUGUAGACUUCCUAGACUUAAAACAUGCUCAGCAAAUACCUCACUCUGCUGCAGAAUACAUACGCCUACUAGGUUUUAAGAAUCCCGAAAUCUCCGUAUUGGAUAUAUCUGCAUCAAGCAGGUCUACACUAUCUUUCCUGAAGGCGCUAGAGGUCGGAAAUAGCGCCGCCAAACAAAGAUGCAGGGCCUACACAUUAGCGCAUGCUCAAGGAAACAAGAUGGCCCUCGUCAGCGAUGUACCAAAUCUUCCUUACGACUUGGUCACUAAGAAAACGCUAGAUCUAGAUCUUGGUCCUCAGACGCCGGAUUUUGAGUUAAAGUCAUUCGACGUCAUUAUUGUGUCCGCUUCGUUAGCAGAUUCCAACAACCCACAUAAAGCUUUAGAUCAUAUCAAAAGUUUACUAAAACCGGAUGGCAGGCUUAUCGUGCUUCAUGAAGUUACAAUGGACCAAGACCCAGCCCUCUCGCAGUGGAAAACAUCAUUACAGCAAGCUGGGUUUGUGGAUCGUAAGCUCAUUGAAUUAGAUGACUCAGGUGAAAGGGUAGAACGAGGCUCGCUCUUCACGGUUCAUCCAAACCAAGAAUUCAACCCCGCUACUCCUGAAAUCAUAGUCAUGGCCGAAGACCACAAUCAAACCAUUGACACAGGCUACCUGACCAGUAUACUGGGCUUAGAGCCUGGAAAUAUUCAGCAAGGUACCAUAUACGAUGUCGUACCUGCCGAAAAGAUACGCAUUGUGUGGGAUCCUUCUGGAGAACUGUUGAGUAGUCCUUCAAUCGAGCAGUUCGAGGCUAUCAAGCGGAUCUUCACUCAGAGUGAUAAAUUACUGUGGGUUACUUCAGGCAGGGGUCAAGGUUCUCACCUGGAAUCCAGCAUGCUCACCGGACUUGCUAGGACAGCAAGGACUGAAAAUGGUGCAGCAAGACUGGUUACUUUGAACCUUGACAACGAAGACAAGCUCUCGCAGAAGGAUGUCGCAAGCGUGAUAUCCACCAUUCUCAAACGUUCAUUCUUAGGAACAGAACAGCAGCAUAUGGCUGAGAGCGAGUACAUUGAGAGGAAAGGCGUCGUCACCAUUCCUCGUCUCUCAGUGGACGAUGCCCUGAAUCAGGCGCUCGAUUCCUAUCUCAAACCUAAGGCAAAAGAGGUUCAACUAUUGCAUCACAAGGGCAUUGUAUUCUGUCUGCGUGAUCGUUCUAAUUCUCAAGAACCAUUUUCUUUCCAGGAAAUCGCCAUUGAUGAAAAGUUGGAAGAGAAUGAAAUUGAGAUCGAAGUAAAGGCAAUGACGCUAGUCUCUGGCAACAGUGUGGAUAUCCUCACCCAAGACAUUAGCGGAGUCGUUGUCAAAGUGGGCGGCCAGGUAUCACACUUAUCAAAGGGUGAUCGUGUCUUUGGCGCAGUAUCGAAUAUCAUCUCAAACUCAUACAAGGGAAGAGCAAGUUCCUUCCAGAAGAUACCGGAUGGAGUACCUUUUGAGAUUGCAGUCACAUAUCCUACCGCUUACAGUACGGCAUAUUAUGCCAUGUACCGACUUGCUAAUGUUUCCAAAGCGGAUAAAGUUUUCGUCUCAUCGGCUGCAACGCCCAUUGGCCGGGCCUUGAUAGACCUCUGUGACAGAAGUGGUGCUAAAGUAUACGUUGGAGUGAGCAAUGACAAGGACGCGCUCUUCAUGGAAUCCACCCUCCACUUCCCCAAGGAUCAAAUUGUUUACAACAAUGAAGAGCACUCAGUUGCAGCCCUGGUCACAAACACGCAAGGUCACGGAAUGGAUGUGAUUUUCAACACGCUUUCUGGAGAAAUUCUACAAACGUGUUGGGACUGCAUAGCACCGUACGGUCGAUUCAUCGAACUCAGUACUCAGGACCUUGUUGAAAACUCCCGCCUUGAGAUGUCCAAUUUUAGGAAGAACACGAGUUUUAGCGCGCUAGACUUUUCUCGACUUCAGGAAGAAAGGCCAGCCUUGGCGGAUGCGAUAUGGGGCCAGACUGUCGAACUACUCUCGAACGAUUCCUUUAGCGGUACGAUACCCAACCUACAACUCUUUAACAGCGAAGGGAUAAGUCAGGCGUUUGAGCGUUUGACGGACGACGAGAAUACCGACCAUGUGGUUCUUACCUUCAAUCCUAGUGAUCGAGUCAAGGUCCUUCCCACCACUACCGAAGAUCAACUAUUUCGCGCUGACGCGUCCUAUUUACUUGUUGGUGGACUAGGUGGUAUAGGCCGAGCAACGGCAUCAUGGAUGGUUGAGCGUGGGGCUAAGAAUCUCAUCUUUGCGAACCGAAGCGGUAUGACCAAACAGGAAGCUAAAGAUACAGUUCAUGCUUUAAAGGCUAUGGGCGCUCAAGUCCAUGUUCAAAAAUGCGACGUAAGCGACGCUGACCAUGUUCGCCAGCUGGUUGAAGAAUGUGCGAAUCAAAUGCCACCGAUUCGUGGUGUGAUCCAAGGUGCAAUGGUGUUACGAGAUAUGCUACUGGAAAAACUGACUUUGGAAGAUUGGAAUGCUGUCAUUCGUCCCAAAGUAAAUGGAACAUGGAAUCUACACAACCAUCUGCCAAAAGACAUGGAUUUCUUUGUCAUGCUCUCCUCAAUAAGCGGUAUCAUCGGAAACACUACCCAAGCUGCCUAUGCUGCCGGUAACACCUUUUUGGAUGCAUUUUCGGGAUUCCGCAAUGCCCAAGGGCUCCCCGCUGUUACUUUGGACUUGGGCGCAAUCUCAGGAAUCGGAUACCUCGCCUCAGAAGAAAACAAACAACUUUCCAAGUCCAUGCAAGAUCAAGGCUUCAUUAUGACGGGCGAAAAGCUACUGCUCGCGCUCAUACGAUCCGCGAUUGUACAGCCUUGUGGACGAGGAGGCAAAACGCAGACUGUGACAGGGCUGGGCACAUGGAGAAGCGGCCGCUCCUUGUCUGCCAUGAGCAAUCCUAUGUUUUCACAUUUCCGGCGGCAUGCAGCGGAAGCCGAAGUCACCGCGGAGACAAAGCAGAUCUCAAACGGCAGUAUGUCUGUCAAAGAUGCUCUAAAAUCUGCGGAAUCAGCAGAUGAUGCCGCCGGUAUCAUCUGCAAUGGGCUACUUAGCUACCUAGCAAGCAGAUCUGGCGUAUCCGUGGGAAACUUCAAUUCCGAAAUGUCUCUUACAGAAUGUGGUGUAGAUUCGAUUGUGGCAGUCGAUGUGCGAAACUGGAUUGCACGGGAGUUGGAAAGCUCCAUACCACUUUUGGAGCUACUCGCAAAUCAUCCUUUGUCCCAGCUGAGCGUGGAUAUUGCUUCACGCUCGAAAUUAGUGCCAGUUGAGGUCAAGUCAUGCGGAGCCACAGCUGCAUCAUAG